GGAGAGGAGGGGUGGGCACACUGGUCCCCAGGUUGGGUGUGUGGGGCCGAGGUGGGUGGUGGGUGGCCACUUCCUAGGACUGUGGCCUGUGCAACCUCGGGGGGGCGAUGGGUUGCCGUUCACUGACGGGGGAGGUGGGCCAGCAGUUUCCAGGUGACAGGCAGGAGUUUGGUUUUGGCUGUGGUGACUUCGAGAUUCCCCAGGGGCCUCCAGAUGGAUGUGCAAUGUUAGCGGCCUCGGCCAGCAGGCGGGAGGACCUCCCUGAUAUGCCCCAACCCCUGGUUGACAGGAUCCCGCUGCACAAGUUCACGUCCAUCCGCCGGACCAUGUCGGAGAUGGGGGGCCCUGUGGAGGACCUGAUUGCCAAAGGCCCCAUCUCGAAGUACUCCCAGGCGAUGCCGGCCGUGACCGAGGGGCCCAUUCCCGAGGUGCUGAAGAACUACAUGGACGCCCAGUACUACGGGGAGAUCGGCAUCGGGACGCCUCCCCAGUGCUUCACGGUCGUCUUCGACACGGGCUCCUCCAACCUGUGGGUCCCCUCCAUCCACUGCAAACUGCUGGACAUCGCUUGCUGGCUCCACCACAAAUACAACAGCGACAAGUCCAGCACCUACGUGAAGAAUGGCACCUCAUUUGACAUCCACUACGGCUCGGGCAGCCUCUCCGGAUACCUGAGUCAGGACACUGUGUCGGUGCCCUGCAAGUCAGCGUCAUCAACCGCUGCCCUGGGCGGUGUCAAAGUGGAGAGGCAGGUCUUCGGGGAGGCCAUCAAGCAGCCAGGCAUCACCUUCAUCGCAGCCAAGUUCGACGGCAUCCUGGGCAUGGCCUACCCCCGCAUCUCCGUCAACAACGUGCUGCCCGUCUUCGACAACCUGAUGCAGCAGAAGCUGGUGGACCAGAACAUCUUCUCCUUCUACCUGAACAGGGACCCAACUGCGCAGCCCGGGGGUGAGCUGAUGCUGGGCGGCACGGACUCCAAGUAUUACAGGGGUUCUCUGUCCUACCUGAACGUCACCCGCAAGGCCUACUGGCAGGUCCACCUGGACCAGGUGGAGGUGGCCAGCGGGCUGACCCUGUGCAAGGAGGGCUGUGAGGCCAUUGUGGACACAGGCACCUCCCUCAUGGUGGGCCCCGUGGAUGAGGUGCGCGAGCUGCAGAAAGCUAUCGGGGCCGUGCCACUGAUCCAGGGCGAGUACAUGAUCCCCUGUGAGAAGGUGUCCACCCUGCCCACGAUCACACUGAAGCUGGGAGGCAAAGGCUACAAGCUGUCCCCAGAGGACUACACGCUCAAGGUGUCGCAGGCCGGGAAGACCCUCUGCCUGAGCGGCUUCAUGGGCAUGGACAUCCCGCCACCCAGCGGGCCACUCUGGAUCCUGGGCGACGUCUUCAUCGGCCGCUACUACACUGUGUUUGACCGCGACAACAACAGGGUGGGCUUCGCCGAGGCUGCCCGCCUCUAGUUCCCAAGCCGUCGGCGUGCCAGCACAGAAACAGAGGAGAGUCCCGGAGGAGGAGGCCCCUGGCCCCCUGGCGCCUCCCACACGUAGUCACACACACUCACACACUUGCCUGCCCACUGCCCUGGGUGCCCUGGAAGCCGGCAGCCCAAGUCAGACCUGCUGUUUUGUUCUGUGGUUUUCCCCUUCCUGGGUUCAGAAACGCCACCUACCUGUCCGCCUGUCUAUCUCUCCACCUGU